ACGGUCUCACUCUUUAUAAUUUUGACUCCUCUCUCUUGAGUUCCGAGAGAGAGAGAGAGAGAGAGAGAAUGGAAGACGAAAUGAGGAAGAAAGAAGACGAGACGGCGGAGAAGGAAGUGACGACGACGACGAGGAAUACGCUAGUCGUCGACGAGUAUACGCCUGAUGAAAUCAUGAGUCUCGUUGAGUCAUCAUCAUCAUCUUCACCGACGACGACAAUGACGACGACGGAGAUCGAAGGAGCGAACUUUUCCGGCGAGGGGGGUUUCAGAGUGAGGUUUAUCGACGAUCCGUACGCGGUUCCGUUGGUUGUUCAGUCUUCUUCCGGUUACAUCACGAUCAACGUCAACGAAGAGAGCUGCGGGCCUUCGUUCUCGGACAGCGACGCUUCGGCAAUGGCAAGCGUCGACGCUAGUGGUCUGUACUGUUUCGAAUACGGUGGCGAGAAAGAAGGCGGCGGCGCGUGGAGUACAAACGAGGUGAGCGCGAGUGAGUCGUGUGAGUGGAACGACGAUUUGCUUGCGAGGUUUCUAGGCGAGGACGAAGAAGACUGUGUUUGACCGUCUUUGGAGGGUAGUUUGGUCAUUUCCUUGGAGGGUAAUUAUGGGAGAAAAAGUGAAAAUGAUUUACACGUUGUUGGUAAAAUAGGUUAGCAAGAAAAAUGGAAAAAAACAAAAAUCAGUAAAUGGAUGGUCGUAGUCUCGUAGACUCGUAGAAAAAUAGGGCUAGUUGGUAGUUAAGUGGUUUUAAUGUGACCAUUUUGGUAAUUUCGGCACAUUGCAGUACUAAUGUUUCUAGGAUUUAGGGGCUAUUUUGUAAAUACGGAAACUAUUAAUCCCGUGAAAAGUAAGUGCUUUAUUUUACAAAUGAAUCCCUAGAGUUUUGCAUGUUCUCAUCAUCUAACGUA